AGUACAUUUUUAUACACUUGGGUAAUUUACGAGGUUGACGUGAACGCCUCCUUGGACCAGCUGCCUCCACGUCAACGUGACGUCACAAGAGGUGUGGUCCGUCUGAGAGUGAACAUUUCUUCACAAAACACACAAGUGACGCUUCUAAGGACGCCAAGAACAAGGACGCCAAGAACAUGGACGCCAAGAACACGGACCUCCUCCACAGGUUGGCUGAGGCCGACCAGGCUCACCUCCUGAGGUUCUGGGACCAGCUGAGUUCUGAGGAGCGAGCAGCCUUGACCCAGGACCUCCAAGGAAUGGACUUCCAGGAGCUGCGGGGCUUCUUCAAGAAGGCCAUGGAGGUGUCCCGGCCCAGCAGCCAGGACAAGAUGGACGACCGCAUGGAGCCUGUGCCAAGGGAGGUGCUGGGCAGCGUGAGCAGGGACCAGGGAAGUGUCAAGAACUGGGAACAAACAGGUAUGCGGUGCAUCUCGGAGGGCAAAGUGGCAGUGGUGUUGCUGGCGGGAGGUCAAGGAAGCCGUCUGGGCGUGUCGUACCCCAAAGGAAUGUUCGACGUGGGGCUGCCGUCACAUAAAACACUUUUUCAUAUUCAGGCGGAACGUAUAAUCAAGCUGCAGCAGCUGGCUGAGGAGAAACAUCUCAACAAGUGUUCCAUUCCAUGGUACAUCAUGACCAGCGGCAGGACCAUGGAAUCCACGGAGGAGUUCUUCUCCCGCCAUAAGUACUUUGGCCUGGACAAGAAGAAGGUGAUCUUCUUCCAGCAGGGCAUGCUGCCCGCCAUGGACUACCAGGGCAAGAUGAUCCUGGAGAACAGAAGCAAGGUGUCCAUGGCCCCCGACGGCAAUGGAGGUCUGUACCGAGCCUUGAAGAACCAGGGCGUGCUGGAGCACAUGCAGCAGGCGGGGGUGGAGUAUGUCCACGUGUACUGUGUGGACAACAUCCUGGUCAAAGUUGCUGACCCGGCGUUUGUGGGCUUCUGUGUGCAGAAAGAUGCUGACUGCGGCGCUAAGGUGGUGGAGAAGUGCAACCCGACAGAGGCGGUGGGCGUGGUUUGCAAGGUGGACGGCAAGUAUCAGGUGGUGGAGUACAGCGAGAUCACCAUGGAAACGGCCCAGAAGAGAAGCGAUGAUGGACGCCUGAUGUUCAAUGCCGGGAAUAUAGCCAACCACUUUUUCACCUUCUCCUUUCUCAAAGAUGUCGUGGAGAAGUAUGAACCAAGUCUUCAGCACCAUGUGGCCCACAAGAAGAUUCCUUUUGUGGACGACAAAGGUCAACUUGUCACGCCUGACAAACCAAACGGAAUCAAAAUGGAAAAGUUUGUCUUUGACAUUUUCCAGUUUGCCAAGACGUUUGUGGUGUACGAGGUGCUGAGGGAGGACGAGUUCUCCCCGCUGAAGAACGCCGACCGCCAAGACGGGAAAGACACGCCCACCACCGCCAGACACGCCCUCCUGUCCCUCCACCACCGCUGGGUGUUGAAUGCCGGCGGUCACUUUAUGGACGAGAACGGCACCCGUGUCCCCGCCAUCCCCAGAGUUGCCGCAGCAGGAAGUGACGGUCGCACCAACCUGAAGGACAGAAGCGACCUGCCAAUCAAAUGUGAGAUAUCUCCCCUGCUUUCCUACGCUGGAGAAGGUCUCCAAGCCCUGGUGAAGGAUCGAGAGUUUCAGUCCAUGCUGAUCAUUGACGAGCACGGCGUCCAUGAGCAGGUCAAGAACGGACUUUAAGACCUGAAAACAACCUCGUUUUUUUUUUCUCCACAUUGCCUGUGAAGUCAUCAAUGUGCAAUAACAGGGCCAUCAUGCAUAUAUAUAUAUAUAUAUAUAUAUAUAUAUAUAUAUAUAUAUAAAUAUAUAUAUAUAUAUAUAAUUCUAUGUGUUUUCUUUAUUUUCAUGACUAUUUACAUUGUAGAUUGUCACAUCAAAACUAUGACUGAACACAUGUCGAGUUAUGUACUUAACAAAAAAAAAUGGUGAAAUAUCUGAAAACAUUUUUUAUAUUCUAGUUUCUUAGAAAUAGCCAUCCUUUUCUCUGAUUGCUGCUUUGCACUCUCUUGGUGUAUAUAUAUAUAUAUAUAUAUAUAUAUAUAUAUAUAUAUAUAUAUAUAUAUAUAUAUAUAUAUAUAUAUAUAUAUAUAUGUAUGUUGAUUAGUAAAAACUGGAAGCUUGUUCAUCUGUACACUUGUGGUAUCCACGAGGCUUUAAAAAAACAAAAACAUUAUUUUUUUAAUUAAAACAAUAAUCAGUUGAAGUAACUUUCAGUGAAAAAAAAGAGUUGAGCAAUAAAACCAGAAUCUUUAUUGCCAUUUUACAAGUAAAUUGUGUGCAACCUUUUUCAGUGCAUUUUAAAUAAUGAAAAAUAAAUGAAUUAAAAACAGUAAAA